GCGGGUCUCGCCAAACUGCGCCCCCUCUUUCAAUUCCUUAUCCGCACAGUCACACGGUUUAAUCGAAUGGCUUCGCCGUCGUGUUUCCUCUUCCGCCCCCGUCCGCCGCUGUGCAGCCGCCGCCGCCGCAGCAGCAGCAGGUCCCUCUACCUCCUCUCCAAGCAGAGCCUGCACCGACUUCCCUCACCAAGAACAUGCCGCCGUCCAGUGGCAGAGCAGCUCGUCCUGCGGUCGCUGCCGCCCGGUAACGGCAGGCGGAUGGGGGCGACGGGCUUCGCCUGCUACUGUUCCUACGACACCGAGAACGGACUGCCCACGCCUUCACCGGACAAGGGAAAAAGCUCGGAUGAGUGGCCAAUCCUUCGCCGGUGGGAUGUUCCAUGGGAGUGGCCAACGAUUUCUCUCACCAUGGUGGCAUGUGCAGUAAGCUUUCUUUUGACAGGGAUAGCUGAGCAAUCUAUUUUGGAGCAACUAGGUUUUCGAGCUGGGGAGACAACUCUAGAUGAGAAAGCAGAGAUACUCUUCUUGGGACAACUUAGCACGACGGUAGUUGUACUUGGAGUUAUAUUUGGCAUGACCAAUACCUUUCGACCAUUCUCAGAUGAUAUAUUUCGCUAUGAAUUCAAUGAACCACUUAAGCUGCAAAACGGAUGGCUUCUGUGGUCUGCAAUCGGCCUGUUUGUUGCAAUAGUUGCUAUUGCUUUAGCAGGUGCUGCAAUGACAUUUCUGAAUGGUGAAACACCACAGAGAGAGACAGACUCGCUGGUCCUUUUGUUGCCGCUGAUUGGCUCGUCAAACAUCAGCACUGCCUGUUUGCUGGGCAUCACUGGGAUUUUGGCACCCAUUCUGGAGGAAACUGUGUUUCGAGGAUUUCUUAUGGUAUCCCUGACUAUGUGGUUUCCUACUCCAUAUGCUGUGCUUAUGACUGCUGCAGUGUUUGCCUUUGCUCACUUUACACCAGGAGAAUUUCCUCAGCUUUUCGUGCUUGGUGUGGUCUUAGGAUUUUCAUAUGCUCAAACUCGCAACCUUCUAACUCCUAUUGCAAUACACGCUGUCUGGAACUCUGGAGUAAUAUUGUUGCUAACUUUUCUUCAGAUGCAAGGGUAUGAUAUCAGGGAGAUUUUGCAGGCAUCUUGAAGAUUUAACGCAGUUAGAUUAAUUUCAUCCUGUGUUUUCUUGUGUCAGAGAGGGUCUUGCAAGUUACGGAACUACUUGUGCUCUGCUCAAAGGGACAUUUUCACGAAAGUGACUAUUUUAAGCUGAAUUACGGAGGCAUCGGCAAAGGUGUAGAAACUCUGUUGGGGUUACAACAAUGGUUCUCACCUACAUAUAGAAGAUCCUUGUUUUCCUUUGUCUUUUCUAUGUUAGUUAGAUCCAUUUCCCUUUUCCCAGUGGUCAUUUAUCUAUCAGACUGGGCAAAAGCAUCUCAUGACUCAUGAGGCUGGGCCUGGGAUACUAUUUCCAUCAUCAACAUAAAAGACAAAGUUUAUGU